AGAAGAGCACCUUUGACAAAGUUCAGUCUAAAUAUAAUGCCAAUUUGCUCGCUCUCCCUUUGAAAUUACAUUUGUAAGAUGGUAACAUCGAAUGCGUACAGAAAUAGUACUGGGAGAGCAAUGCCAUGUCUCGCAACUUGGUUGACAAGGUUAUAAGGCUGUGCGAAACUCGAGGAUUUUCAGUGGAGUCACGCGUUGAAAGUUCACUUGGAACAACAUGUACUUACCAGUUUGGACCGCUUGGUACAGAGUUGCGACGUAACUUGAGACAUGCUUGGUGGUUUGAUGUGGUCAGAUCGAAGGGUAAUGUCUAUGGUUUUGAAACUACAAGUGAACUCAUUAUCCAAGCUCCCUAUGAAACGUCUACGACUAGCGAGAGAACUGCAGCACGUCUGAGCGAAAAUGCUAGCACUCUAACGCAGUUCUUUAGGGUUAUUCCUGGAAUUAACUUGCCUUUUGGGGCUGCAUGGAACAGAAAAUACUUCAGGAAGCCUGAGAGUGAUAAUUACAUCCUUAGGUCUUGUGAGAGGGAAGUCAUGACCCUUCAGUAUUUUUGUGCUGAAAACAAAGUGAAUGAUUGGACAAAUCACUGGAAGAGACAGAGACUUGUGUGGUGGAGAAAAUUUGCAAAUGUUCGCUCUAAUUUCAGUCUUAAUGAAGAACAAAUGGAUCUUGAACCUGGUGUAAACCAUCAGACCACUAUACAGUAUACCUUCCCAUGGGGAAAGGAAUCAGUUGACUCCAUGACUGUCAGCUCUGACCUUCACAAGUACAUGACAGAUGAAGACUGCAGUGGACUCCCUUUCAACAAGGAAUCAAUGCCAUAUGUAAUUCAGAUCAAAACUGAUAUAAAUACAGGUAAUAUAAACCUUCAUGUAGCUAUAUAAAAAUCUGUGUAACAUAUGUCUUUUUUUGCUACCGGUAUUUGUUAUUUGUAAUGGUGUCUUACAGACCUGAAGUAAAAUUUUCCUUUGGAAAAAAGGAACAUUGUGUAGAAGUAGACCAGAUUGUUGUAAAACAACUAAGUUGUGUUCUUUAAUUCAUCCUUGAGGCUGAUGCCUACAUGUUUUUUUCUAGAGUUUUUGCCAUCUUGUGUUCCUUAUCAAUCAAGUACAACUGAUUGUUAUUUUAGUAAAUUAUUGACAGAAUCUGAAUCA